AUGGACGUCGCCACAUUUGGCGCUACUUGCUCCCCUUGUGCGGCGCAAUUUAUUAAAAAUUUGAACGCUCAAAAGCAUGCAGCUGAAUUCCCAAGGGCGGCGAGCGCGAUCGAGCUCCAACAUUAUGUCGAUGAUUAUUUCGAUAGCACCGACAGCGUAGACGAAGCCGUUAGACUAGCCAGCGAGGUGAAGUUGGUUCACUCCAGAGGCGGGUUUCACAUAAGGAAUUUCGUUGCGAACUCCGAAGAAUUUCUGGUAAGAAUGGGCGAGCCGAAAAAUAACAGCGCAGUGCACUUUAACGCAGACAAGGAAUCUGGAACCGAACGUGUUCUAGGCAUUGCUUGGAACCCAAUGGAAGAUGUUUUUGGCUUCUCUGCUAACUUCAAGCCGGAACUGGUGAAAGCCGUAAAUGGUGCGAAAAGACCAACGAAAAGAAUAAUCCUCAGCUGCGUAAUGUCCAUGUUCGAUCCUUUGGGUCUGCUCACCCCAUUUACGGUGCACGGGAAGCUCCUGAUCCAAGACCUGUGGAGGACGGGGUGCAGCUGGGACGAGCCGAUCGAUGAAGCUUCAAAUUCGAAAUGGGACCGGUGGACGAAUCUUCUACCUGAGAUAGAAAAGCUGAAAAUACCGAGGAGCUAUUUUGGUGGUGUGAGAUCGCAUCAGUAUGACGCUGUGGAACUACAUGUCUUCACUGAUGCAAGCGAAGCCGCCUAUGGUUGCGUGGCUUAUCUCCGUGUGGUCGUGGACGAGACCGUGCGAUGUUCCUUAGCCAUGAGCCGUUCUAAGGUGUCACCCAUCCAGCAGUUGUCGAUCCCUCGAAAUAGCUGCAGGCAGCAGUGCUGGGGAUCCGAUCAACGAAAAUACUCACAAUUCGUGGGUCAUCGCAUCGGAGAAAUUUUGAGCAACACGAAGCUUUCGGAGUGGCGUUGGGUCCCGACAAAAUCCAAUGUGGCCGACCUGCUGACCAAAUGGAGUGUAGGUUCCAAGCUGACAGAUGAUAGUGUGUGGUUCGUUGGACCGCAAUUUUUGUAUGAAACCGAAGAAAGGUGGCCUUCUCAGCGGCCGCCCAAAGCAAAUGUUUCCGAAAAAUUAAGGGCUCAGUUCUUGUACCAUGAUGUGUUUAUUCCGGAACCUAUUAUCGAUGUCUCAAGAUUUUCCAAAUGGAAGAAACGACUAAAUCUCCCAAUCGAAACCCUAAAAGCAACAGAUAGGCAAGCAAAAUUAAUUAUAAAAACAUUCGUAAGUCAAUUAGCACCGCUUAGGAGGGAAGAAUUGCAAAAGGCUGAAAUUGUUUUGUUUAAGAUAGCUCAAUCUGAAGUCUACGCAGAUGAAAUACGAAUUUUACUGAAAAAUAGAGAUCGAUCUGUUAGAGAUUGGAUCACCAUAGAGAAGUGUAGUCCACUGUAUAAGUUAACGCCAUUAUUAGACGAAGAAGGUCUUAUUCGAAUGGAAGGCCGAACAGAACACGGCGAACUGUUGCCUUUUGAUAUGCGAUUCCCUAUAAUUUUGCCCAAAGAACAUCUGAUCACUGCUAAAUUGACGCACAGCUUUCAUGAGAAGUACGGUCACGGUUACCGUGAUACCGUGAAGAACGAAUUGAAGCAGCGCUUUUGGAUUCCCAACGUAGGAGCAGUUAUUCGAAAGGUAUCCAAAGAGUGUGUCUGGUGUAAAGUAAAUCACAAUCGUCCUCAAGUCCCAAGAAUGGCACCAUUGCCUUACCAACGUGUUACACCAUAUCUACGACCAUUCAGCUACGUCGGUGUGGACUAUCUCGGGCCUGUUGAGGUCACUGUUGGACGGCGCACGGAAAAGCGUUGGAUUUGUCUAUUUACAUGCUUGGUGAUUCGGGCUGUCCACUUAGAGGUUGCUCAUUCUCUGACGAGUGAAUCAUGCUUGAUGGCUAUAAGACGGUUUGUCGGUCGCAGGGGCCCACCACGAGAGUUUUUGUCCGACAACGGGACCAAUUUUAAAGGUGCUUUCAAAGAGCUGCAGAAACAGAUUCGAGACGUCAACAUGGAGUGUGCCAACGAAACAACUACUGUUCUAACAGGAUGGAAGUUCAAUCCCCCUGCCACACCCCAUAUGGGAGAGGCUAGUAAGGUCGGUGAAGGAAGCUCUGUUCGCACUACAUGA